AUGAAUUACACUUUUUUAAACAAACACAAUGGAAAAGAAUUAUACAGCAUUAUAGUCAAUUACAUAAACUUGAGUCAGUAUGAAUUAGCACGAGCUUUCUUACAUAAUUUAAUAAUAACUAAUCUGUUAAAUGAAGAUGAUUUCAAGAAAGAAAAAAAAGUAUCAGACAAAUUGAUAAGUGAAAAAUUGUACUAUUUAAGGAAAACCUUAAAGUUUAUGAGGAAAUUUUUACCCUAUGGGUGCUCUCCAUUGCAAAUAAUUUCGAACGAGUUGUCGACAUCCCAUUUUCUCCUAAAGAUUAUAAAAGAUUAUAAUGAAUUUGUCGAUAUUAUAUUUUAUAAUGUUAUUAAGUAUGAGCCCUACCUUUGCAAAAGUGGAAGCGCUUUCUGCGGCGGAUUUGGUUGCACUUAUGCCUAUGAUUUGUCAAAGGGGAAACAUAAAAAAGGAGUACGAGAGAUGGAAGAGGCAAAAGAGGCAGGAGCGAUGGAUGAGACUGAGAGGGUCAGAGCGAUAGACGAACCUGGAAACGGGGUAGAGGAACUCCAAACAAGAGGGGCAUCAGUAGGAGCAGGCAAAUUUCAAUUUCUUCUUAAAAAAAAAUAUAUAUCUACAGUUUUAAAAAAAAAAUUAUCAUUCGACGUUUUACUUGCAACUAUAGUAGUGUACAAGGAAUAUUUCUAUCAGUGUGUAUUCAAAGAUUCUGGAGGAUAUAAUUUCUUUUCCAUUGAAUGUGUACAAUACUUGAGACGAAUGUACAAUUUAUAUUUAAAAACAAAAGAAUUGUUAAAAAAGAAGAGAACGAAAAGUCGUUUAUCUGAAUUCGAAAUGAAGCUUAACGACACUUGUGGUGCUUUUAAUAUAUUUAACAAAAUCGUACCGUACAACAGAAAAUAUAAACAUGUAAGUGGACGAUAUAGCGAUCUGACUAAUGUAAAUGUACCCAGAAAAAGGCGCAUGCGUAAAAGCACAAAAAAGGAUUUCCUCCAAGAUAUAGAUGAGCUGCUCCUAGACAGCCUGAGGAUAAUUUACAGGGGAGGACAACAGGACAGGAAAGUAAAUGCAAGUGCAGAAAUAAAUGCAAGUGCAGAAGUAAAUGCAAGUGCAGAAGUAAAUGCAAGUGCAGAAGUAAAUGCAAGCGCAGAAGUAAAUGCAAGUGCAGAAGUAAAUGCAAGUGCAGAAGUAAAUGCAAGUGCAGAAGUAAAUGCAAGUGCAGAAGUAAAUGCAAGUGCAGAAGUAAAUGCAAGUGCAGAAGUAAAUGCAAGUGCAGAAGUAAAUGCAAGUGCAGAAGUAAAUGCAAGUGCAGAAGUAAAUGCAAGCGCAGAAGUAAAUGCAAGUGCAGAAGUAAAUGCAAGCGCAGAAGUAAAUGCAAGUGCAGAAGUAAAUGCAAGCACAAGCGAAAACAAAAAAGCAAAUAUUUACGAAUAUACAAACUCUGCUGUCAGAGCGAUCGCAAGUGGGCGAAGCCUCCACCCUCGUGUGUGUAAUAGUCUAAACGUGAUAUACAUACACCCCCUGUAUAUCAUAAACCAGAGACCCAUAUUUAAUUAUAUCAAUACGUACAAAGAAGAACUGUCUUUCUUUUAUGAGAAAAAUAUUAUGUUUUUGUUACUCAAUGAUUUGUUCUAUUUAAUGUUCUUCUUGCCUAUGCUAGCUAUGCAUUUGUUCAAAAUGUUUUGUUUCAACAAAGAAUUCUAUAACACAUUAUUAAAACUAUUUUUGAUGAAUAAUAAAUAUGAUCACCGUCCUAAGGGAAGUGAUAAAACAAAAGGAAAAGAGAGUUCAGUAGGUGAGGGAAACGAUGUAAUAGUAAAUAUUUGCCAAAGUAAUGGGAAACGAGUCGUUCCACAGAACAGGAAUUUUUCCCAUUGGAGGGGUAAUAACAAUGAUGAUGGCUUGGUAGAGUACAACAUGAACGGAGCUACAGUUGAGAUACAUGUAAACAGGGAACAUGACUUGGUGAAGAAAUGCUAUAUCAUAUUUCUAGAAGUAUAUUACAACCUAAUACAUAUAUACAUAGAUGUAUUGGUAGAGAAAUUAAAAAAGAAAGAUCUAUUUAAUUAUUAUAAUUUUUUAUAUUUGUUCAAAUAUAAUAAUAUAUGCAUAAACAACAUCUUUUUGUUUUCACUCUCCUCUACAAUCAUAUUGUUGUCUACACAUUUAGACGAAGAGAUAGAAAAAAAAGAAAAAAAAAUGGAUCUUCAAAAACGAUAUAUUCUGAGUGAGCUAAAUGAACCUGAUAAUUCUAUUCGUUCCUUUAAUAUGACCCAUACUAUGUAUGAUCUAAGUUCGAACCAACUCAAACUUUUCCAAAAGCAGCGUUGUCUUGCUAGGGUAGUGUUAAGCAAGAUUUACAAUUUUAUUGCUGUACUCGUGUUUUACUACAAUGGCAAUGAGCUUGUCAUCCGGUGCUUCAGUCAGUGCAAUUUCGAAAGAGUUCAUGGUGAUAAUGACGACAGUAUUUAUAAUAAUAGUAAUAAUAAUAGUAAUAAUAAUAAUAGUAAUAAUAAUAAUAAUAGUAAUAAUAAUAAUAGUAAUAAUAAUAAUAGUAAUAAUAAUAGUAAUAAUAAUAGUAAUUACCACUAUCGCGAUGAGCAAAAAAUGCGUUGGGGGAAAAAUGAAAAGGAAUGCAAUACGUUUCCAAUACUGCUGAAUAACGUAAUUCUGUACGUUCAUAUAAAUUAUAGACAGAUAGGAAAUAUUUUUGAUUAUUACAUAAAUAAAAUGCAAGGUAAUUGGAAGGAAAAACUCAACAAGUGUUUUUAUAAUAACAAAUGUAUUAUAUACGAAACGUUGACUUCAACCAAUAGCUUUUAUUGUGCUGAUAACAAACAUAUUUACAAUAUACUUCUUUAUUUAUAUAAUUACAUGGACGACUUAUAUGCCAGAACCAUGCCAAGAUAUAACAUAAUUUACUCAGACAUCAAGGUGGAAAGAAACGAGGAUUUGCUCUUUUACAUCAAUGAGUCAAGGAUACGCGGCAUCCACUUGUUGAACUAUCUAUUCAACGUGUGCGAGGAGCAGAUAAGAAAAAAGAGUUUUCUAUAUCUGGAUAAUCUUUUGCAGAAUUUUAAGGCCCUCAAAAAUCUGUGCAUUCUUUGCUGCCUAGAAAACUGUGAGGAGAUGAGUACGAAGGAAAAGUGUUUAUCCGAGUUGAAGCCAUGCAAGAAGAAUAUUUACCUGUACAAUUACAUUAAAUAUGUAAAGAGUAAGGUAAAGGUUGCUUCCUUAAUUUAUUAUUUUUAUAAAAAAAAUGAAAAAGCAGCAAAAUUAAAACAUAGCAAAAAAUUGUCAAAAAGUGAAAUAUAUAUCAAAUUGAACAGAUCAUCUAAUGCGUUUUUCUUAAACGAGGUGAACUUACUGCAUUGUGUGGACUACAACUUCUUAACAAAAUUAAAAAACUGUGUAGUUAGAAACGGAUUACACAAAAGGGAGGAGUAUAUGAACAUUAAUUUUGUUCUUUUUUACACAAUCGUCAAGAGGGUAUACCUUUACCUGAGCGGAUACAACAAAUUGGAAGGGGUUAAAAAAUGCUACAGAUUAAUAACGUACAAUGAAUGCAGGAUAAGGAUAUUGUUAUACGUGUUUAUACUACUCUUUAGAUGUGUACAACAUGGAAAAGUAGAAGCAAACAAGUUCAUUAAGUUAAUACUCCUUUUGUACCAAAAACUUAAAUACUUGAAAAAUGAAAAAAAAAAAUUUUUCGCUAAUAUAAAAUAUAUACUAAAUAAAGUUGUUCAAGAUGUGUAUAUCCGAUUAUUCAUUUUUUUUAAAAAGUAUGCGUGUGAUGAAGUGAGAUUAAUUAAAUUUAGGAACAACAUUAACAAAAGGAAUAAAAAUGAUAACGAAGGGAUAGACAAUAUAUAUAUGGAUGAUACUAAGCUGCACAAACGAGGUACGUGUGAUACUCAAACAGGAACACGUAACGUAGUAGUCAAGAAUGAGAAAAACAACAAACAGAUGAACCAAGCGAAUAUAAGGAGAACUUGCAAGGGGCACGUUAAAAGUGUGUAUACGAACAAGGUAAGGGGAAAGAAUUUGACUAAUGGAAGCACAUAUAAUGAGGAAGGUAGUUUCCAUAACAGGUACAACUAUCCAUAUCUCACUUUUCCAUUUCCAAAUGUUAAUAAUUUUGCUCACAAUGGAUUAAUGAAAAUAUUAGAUAAACAGUUAUCUUUACCUAAUUACAGGAAGGGUGUACUUGGUAAGAAUAAGACGAAAGAACUUUUUAUUUUUAAUUUAUUAUCCCAAUAUGAAAAGAAGUUUAAAAAGAAUAGCAGUCCUAUGUUUUUGAUGAAUAAUACAUCAUUUUGUAAAUUAUCAAAGGAUAGAAUAAAAAGGAGUUGUAGCAAUUUUGAACAAUACUUCUUCCAAUUAAUGCUCGACGACGCGCACGAAUAUAUAUAUAAAAAUAUAGUAGACAGGAGAAAUAAUUACCUGAACAUGUUCAUAUACAAUAGGUAUAAAAACGAAUUUUCAAAAAAUUCCGUUUAUAAUUUGAUAUUUUACUUAGAACUAAACGCGCUAUUUAAAAAAAUAUACGUGUGGGAUUACAGCCAAAAAAUAUACGCAAGUACUUGUAGAGGAAAAAUAGAUGCGCAUAGUUAUAGUCGUAAAUCUCACGUACGUAGUUGUAGCCCCUUUUUAGAUAAGAAACUGCGUAACAUCGUAAUUGACAAAAAAAUGCUCAUUCUCUUUUUUCAUUAUAUCGUGUUUUACUAUGACAAGUACAAAAGGAACGAGUUAAAUAAAUAUAUCUUUAUGAAUAGCCAAAAUAUGGAUUUUCUCAUUCUGUACAACUGUCUAAAUAUGUGUGUGGUGUACUCGAACACGCCUGAAAAGGGGGCUAUGCUGCUCAAGUUUGUCAAAGGAAAAAUAAAAACAAUGAAGGGGGGAAGUGGUAUAUGCAAUGGAGCGGGAAGGAAUAAUAGGCGCAGCAGCGGUAGAAGAAGCAGUGCCUUCUUUGACUUCCUGCUUAACUUCAUCAACGGGGUACUGGUGUUGAUAAACAUAAAAAAGACAGAGACGAACAGUGAAAGCAAACGAGGAGAAGGAACGAAGAAGAACCAUUGGGGGUUCCCCACAAAGAAGAGGAAUAAUGCAAUAAAAGAAAACAAAAGCAUUUUGCUUAGCAAAUAUCUACUACUAAAAUCAAGCUCAUUAAAAGUAGAAUCAAAAUUAAUUGAAAAGUAUUUUAUCGAUUUAUAUAAGAAAAAAUAUUUUCUAAAAGAGAUGUGCUUUUUUUUUAAUAAUUUAAAAAAGAAAAAUAAUAUAUAUGUACAUGUUAAUUAUGAGGAUAUGAAUUCAUCUUUAGAAAAGUAUUCCAUAUUAUUACUACAAAAUGACGAGGGUACAUGUAUAAAUUAUUUAAUCUGUUUGUUUGUAUAUUAUACUAUUCUAAUCAAAUAUAUACAUAACUCGAUGACAACUAAUGAAAGUAAUGUAAAUUUUUACAAACAUCUAUAUGCGAAUAAAGAAAAUUGUAACCAUUUUAAUGUUACAUAUGACAAAAUUAUUAAUUACAAUUUAUUUUUUCUGUUUAAAAUGGAUCUAUGUACUAUAAUUAAAUACAUUCUCUUUGUAUGUUCUUCCUAUAUCAGUGCAAAUAAUUUGUGCUCGUUAUAUUUUAUGCACUACUAUAAAAUAAUAUCUGAUAAUGUCGAAACGCAUUAUACACUAAACAGGUUCUUAUCCUUUGGUUUACAUAAUAACACAGAUGCAAAAAAUAAUUAUCUACUCUCCUUUUUUGUGGAUACAAACAACUCGACGGAAAUGAGAUAUAAAAUAGGAUUUAAAAAUAUAUACAAAAAUAGAAGGAUAGUUGACAAGUACUUAACGGAUGAUUUGUUAUUUCUGUUAGGGGAUACUGCCGGUGUUGCACUAUUAGAAAAAUUGAAGUACAAAAUGGUAGCAUCAAGAGGGAGCAAGAAUAACAAGAAAGUGUGUAACGUAAAACUAUUACAUAAUUACUAUAUCGAUUUUGUGAGUAGCUAUAUUGGUCCAGGUAAAUCUGAUAACUUAUUCAAUGGAGUUGAUUCGUUCCUUUCAGGAGGGACUUCCCGAUUCACUGAAAGAGAGAGAAGUCAAGUCGCAGUAUCUGGUGAGGUAGCAGCAUCUGGUGAGGUAGCAGUAUCUCGUGAAAUCGCAGCAUCUGGUGAGGUAGCAGUAUCUUGUGAAGUCUCAGCAUCUCGUGAAGUCGCAGCAUCUAACAAGGAACGCAAAACGAAAAGGGCGCUUGUUACCCCCCUGGAAGGGAGUAAGGCAAAUUGGGACAAAGACCUCCUGACAGAUGAUAUGAAAUAUUUAAAGGGAAAAAACAAGCUAAUAGUUCUUUUUAUAUGUUUAGAGAAAUGUGAUAACUAUUUUCCUUUUACUUUUAAUAUGCUAUACGUAUACUACUUUUCAAAUAAAUACAAAUACUUGAAUAGGUUUACAAAGGAAAGAUAUAAUUCUAUUAAUAAAAUUUUUAAAAUUUUGAGAAAAGAAAAAACAGCAGGAGACUGCUUAUUACAGAGCAACAAUAAAUGCUUAGGAGAAAUACAUUUUAUAAACUACUCCAAUUUAGCAUAUUUAAAUAGCUUCACCAAUACUGUUUUAUGUUCUACUAUAUAUGACAAUCAGUAUAAUAUGGACUGUCUGUUUAUGUACAACAUAUAUAAAGAAAAGGAAAAUUUUGAAUAUGUAAGAAAUAUUAUAGAAAAGAAAUUAAAUAAUUUCUAUCUCUCCUUUUUUAAUUUACAUAAUAUAUACAGUAUACCCCCGGAGAAGGGUAUAAAAAUGAGUGAACUGUUACAGUACACCCUAAAUGAUCAUAUUUCUCUUCCUUCACUACUGGAUAUAGUAGUUAAUACACUAAAAAAUAAUAGUAAUGAACUAAGUAAACUACGGUUUCAUCAAAUUAGCAUUAUACUGAAUACUUGUUAUCAUAAAAUUGAGAAAUUUCAAAAGGAUAACCCAACAUAUAUAGAGUGUAACCAUAUAAAUUAUGACCAAAUAAACUGCAAUAAUUUUGACGAACUACCUACCACUCUCCACAAUAACAUUGCUAAGUUAAAUGUGUACCUAAACGUGUUCAAAAUUAUUAGGAGAAUCAGAAAAGUUCAAAAGGGAAAAACAGUCAGCAACGGGGGACAACGGAGGAUCGGCAAAAGUUGCUGGGUACAUAUUUUUAAAAUAAUUAUGAACAAGCAAGAAAAAAGCAAAGACAUUUUACACUUUAUUACUUCGAAUAAGAUAUUUAAACACUGCCUCUUUUAUUUGAAAUUUAAAAAUUGCAUAAGCUCGUCGAGGAAUGCGCUUAUAAGAUGUAACAGCGAGUAUCUUUUGCACCUAUGGGGAAAAAAUAGCUGUAAAAAAAAAAAAAUUAUUUUCUUUCUCAAUACCUUGGGUGAUGACUUAGUUAGAAAGAUGUUGAACAGUAUUCUGUAUAGUGUAAGAGGUGGUAGCAGUGGCGAUAGUAGUGGUUUCAGCAAUGUUGACAAUGGAAGUCCCGGUAGCACUAAUAUACAUCGAUUAUUCUUCUUCAUAUUGCAGCAUUUUAAGCACUCCUAUGUAAAGAAGUUGUAUGUGUUAUCCUUAACGACUUUCUGUCUUCAAACUAUGAGCAUACGAAAAAUAAAAUAUAAACAUAUCAUGUCGUUACUGCUAACUAAUGAGAAAUUCAAGCUAAUCGAGUACAUUUUGAAAAAUCAUUUAUUUAAACCAUCUUUGUAUUCAUUUUAUUAUUACGCCUUUUUACAUAUUCACAUUGACAUAGAUAGAAAGAGAAUACUGCAUAGAGAGAAACACAUGAGCAAACAAAAAAAUGAAGAGAAGUUUCAAAGGAAAAUGUAUAAAAAAGAAUUUGUUCCUUAUGAUUUAUCAAGAUGUCUUACCAUAUUACAACUGACAGUGAUUCUUGACCAGAGUGCUAAUUUUGAAUUUAUUUAUGCAUCCUUUUUGUUUGUUUUGCAGUCCGUGUUUGAUAAAAUUUGUGGGGCUGUUGAAAAGUGUAACAGGGAAGUGGUUAGUACAAAAUGGAGGGAGGCGCAUUGCACAGAGUGCAGUGAGGAGGACAUUGACGUAACAAAGAUAAGAAAAAUUGAUGAAGUUUAUCGAACCAGUAAAAAGAAGGAAGAAGAACAAAAAUGGAGAAUCAAAAAGAAACACAGCUUAUUUUACAACUUUCAUAAACAUUAUAUAGAUCAUCGGUUAAGAAAAGGUGUGGUAAGAAGCGAUCUAGGAAGUAAGGAAAAAAAUUGCUAUGUUAGAACAUAUUACAUAGUUAAUAGAAAGAAGGACAACACCAAAACAAUGGAAGGAGGAAAAAAUGCACUUAGUGAAUACAAAAAAAAAGGGGAAAAAAAGAUGAAAGAGAAGGAGGGGGAUAAAAACUCUAUUAGCAUAAACAUUUUGAUUUAUACAUUUUAUAAAAUUUGCUUCUUCUUUUUUGAAAAUUACAAGGACUUAAGAAGCGCAAGCAAUAUGAUAUGUAUCUUACUACCAAUAUUGAUAUAUAUUAGGAUCUCUAUAAAAUUUGAAAUAUGUAUUAAAUCAAUAAUUAAAUUAAAUAUAGAAAGGUUGAUUAACGUUUUAAAGGUAAAAAAUUAUAAUAUGUGUAACCACUUGAUACACAGAAUAUGUUCCUGUUAUUAUUAUAAUGUGAAUUCAUUUGGAGCAUUAAAUGAACCGUCUUUAUUUUUUCCCUUAUUAAAUAAAAACAGAGUUUUCAAAAAAUAUAAAGCUUUGAAAAACAUUGUAUCACUGCUCAGAUAUGGUAAUACAAUCGCCCCCAAUUCGGCCCUUACCAUGGAUGUACAACAUUUAGAAAAAAUAAACAAUUUUUAUAUUUACAAUUAUUCACAUCAGACGUGUGUGUAUAGAACUUUUAUAGACAUAAAUAGUAUUAUAUAUAAGGAAUUAAAAAAAAAAGUAGAAGUGGACCGAAAGGUAGAAGAAAUAAAGGCGAUAGAGAAAAAGUGUAUUUGGAAUGACCUUUAUUUUCAUCAUAAUCAACUCGAAGGAAGGGAAGAAUUAUCUAACAAGGUGAAGAACAAUUUCACCAAAAAAGCUUAUAAAAAGUUCAAAAUCAUAAGUAAAGAAAAGCUAUUAAACAGAAUUCAAAAUAUUCGAUUUAGUAUAAUAACAUUUGCGUAUGAACUUGUACAUAAAAACAGAAUGCCUUUAUAUUCCAGUCUUGCCUUAUUUUUUUCCUUUUUUUUCAAUUUUCACUAUUGUAGUAACAUUUACAAAAUUUAUAAAAAUGUUUUUUCCUAUUUCAAUAAUAUGCAUGUAGAGAAGGAGAAAAUAAAUAACGCAGAAAAGGCAAACAACAAUAUAAACUUAAAAGAAGCAGAGAUGUUUAAACAAAUUAGAAAAGAGAAGAGUUAUUACAUGAAAAGAAAUAAAAAUGAUCGACAUGUUUCAGUAUCAAACGCUCGUAAUAUUGCACAAAAUUGUGAUAACAUGUAUAAAAUAGUUAUUCAAACGAGUAAAAAUAGCUAUCACUCAUAUAUCAUUUUAAAAAAUGAAAUUCUUAAUAAAAUUAAAAAAAAUGAUUUUUUCUUCGAUGAGAAGUGGAACUGUAUUAUAUACAGUUUGUUGCAAUGUGAUGGCAAUAUUGCUCGUCUUGGUGCACUUACAACAAAUCAGAGUAAGGAAUUGUUUUUUUACACACGUUACCAGACAAAUAAAUUAUAUGAUGAUACAGUUGAAUACAUUCCUGCAAAUAUGUACUCAGUAUCCUCUUCUAUUUAUGUAAAGAAACAUCUUUUAACCCAUGUAACAUUUGCUUAUCUUUAUAACUACUAUAACAACAUUUACUUCGAAACGUGUAACGAACAACAUAUAGAAAAAAUUAAUUCUCUUAAGGAGAAGAAGUUAUUUAUGUAUUUAAUGGAAUUGAUAAAAAAUCCUUAUGCAAUGAAUAGGGAGAAAAAGUGUUAUGAAAGAAAAAAAUGCUCUAAUGUUUCCAGCUGUUCAAUGUUCUCAUUUAAUAAUAACACACAAAAAAAUGAUAAAAAAAUGAUAAACGAAUUUAGCACGUUGGUAGGAAAAAAUAUGAACAAGUCAGAAAAUGUACCAUGCGAUUUUGUAAAAAAGGAGAAAACGAAAAUUACAAAAUUGUUCAGCAAGAAAACAAAUUUUAUUAUAUAUUCGAAUUAUAUACAACAAAAAAGAAUAAAUCAAAUUUUUAAUAUGCUUACGAGAAAGGUGGAAAACUUUCAAGGAUACGUAAAAUUAUUGCAUAAUAAUUCUUUGGAAAAAAAUAUAUUCGAAUUUUUCAUAUCGAAAGAAAUUAUCGAUUAUUAUGAAUAUUUUUUUUAUGACCUGAACAACAGCUUGUAUCCCAUGUGUUACAUACAACCUAGUAAUGACUUGAGAACUUUAUCACAAUAUUUCAAAAAAGACAUUAACAAAAUAUGCGAAAAUAUGUCAUGUUCAGAAUAUAGGAACAGGGUUAAAAAAUACGAGAAUGUAAGGAAAAUUCAAAAUUUUAUUUUCCUUAUAUCGUUAUUGUUACCAUCCUCUGCAAAGAGCAUAAAAUUGCGAAACUACAAUAGUUCCAAAUGUGACAAAAGUUACGUGAACACUUUGAAAAAUUAUUUGUCGCUAGCCAAUUUAAUAAAUUUAUAUGCAAAAUAUGAUUUAGACAAGGAAUGUUUCAAGCUUAUUAUAGAAAAGAGCGCCGAUUCCACGAGCUUCAGUUACGUCGUUAAAAGGGCAUAUAAAUACAAUUAUAUAUACAAAAUAUUUCAUAAUAUAUCUAACCUGAAGAAUUCUCUUUUCCAGCAUGAGAUAAAAUGUUACUUGCUGAAAAAGAAAAAGUACACCUUGCUCUAUAACUACGUGGUUUUUUCCAGUGAUUAUUUAAAUGCGGCCAUCUUAUGCAUAUAUAAUUACUCCAUUUCACAGGACAUGGACAUGAAAAAUGGCUACCUGAACAACGCGUUAGUAAACCUCACGUUGAUUAUCAAAAAUUUGGAAAACUCAAACGGUGAAAUACAGAAUAUAUCCAAAAAUAGCAUUAGGAGGAUUCCUCACGACAAUUUUAUAUAUCUUAGUAAUAGUAGAAGUAAUAAGAAGAACAGAAGAAUAUACUACUUGAGUAACUUUAAUAUUCUCUUUGAAGAAUCGCAAAGGAGGAAAAAUCAUCUCAUUGCAGUUGAAACGAUAUUCAGAGGCAUAGAUUUGAUAACACUACAGCAGAAGUUACUAAGUACACACUUAGACUGUGAUGUUAACAUAAUUAAUUGUAAAAAAGUCGAUAUAUCAUUUUGUAUUAACGUGUUAAUAUUUAAUAAGAUCUACAAUUUAUCUGACAACGUAAUAAACAUUUAUCAAUUGGAUUAUAUUUUUACUUAUUGUUUAGCUUGUAUUUUUGGUUUGCUAAUAAAUAAAAAUUUAAGUUUUCUUGAUGAUAUAAUAUUUUACAUAAAAAUAAAAAUAAGUAAUUAUGACAUUAAUAUCUUUAUAAUACACAUAAUUUACCUGUAUUUAAAAUAUAAAAGUAAAUUAAAAUAUAUAUAUGAACAUAUCGAAAAGGUAUAUAUGAAAAAAAAAAAAGAAAAAAAAAUUGUGUUAGAUAGAAAGCCGCUACUUCCAGCUGUAAAGGGGGAAACUAACUUGACAGGGGAAUGUACCAAUACGCAUAGUAAUAAGCGGGGGUGUAAAAUGUUCAGUGCAGACGAUAAUGAGGAUGACAUUGAAGACGAUAACUCAAAAGAGGAAUGCGAUAAUGCUAACAUUAAUUUAGAUGAUCAUGUUCAUAAUAUUCUGACUUAUAUUAAUGAUGAUGAUUUUUUGUUCUAUUCUCAUACAUUAAUAUACAUUCAUAAUAAAAAGGAAUAUAGCAGUAUAUUUAAAAAUAUGAAAAGACUCUUGUUUAAAAACUUAAGCAAAAAUGAUGUAUAUAAAACUAUAAUGUGUGCCUAUAAAUAUGUAAAGAAGAAUAAAAAUAUUAAUUAUAAUUUUAUUAAUGAUAACAUAUCAUAUUUUAAAAAAAUUAAAAGGCGUUCAUACAGCGUAACUAAUUUUACAAGUAUUAACGAAGAUCAUAACUUUUCAAAGGCCCUAUCUCUGGCUAAAAAAUACCCGGAUAGCAUUAAAAAAAAUAUAAUCAACGAGAUUUUAGCAGUCUACAGUUAUUCUUCCGUGGCGAAGGGGGAAUCACAGGCAUAG